AUGGCCUCGUUACUCUUCGCAGCUGGCACCAUUGUCCUUCUGCUGGUGGGCGUCUUCAUCCAGCAAUACUCUAACCGUUGGAAGAUCCCUCCCAACGCCAAAUUGCCUCCCGGUCCAAAGGGCAAGCCGUUUGUGGGCAAUCUCCUAGACAUCCCGCCGCAGCACUCGUGGUUGAAGUUCAAAGCCUGGGCCGAUCAAUAUGGCCCCAUCUACCGCAUCUCCAUCUUCGGCCGAAACCUCGUCAUGGUGUCGACCGAGAAGAUCGCCAAUGACCUCUUGCGGGAGCGGGGGAACCUGUACUCGUCUCGAGAACAGCUGCCCAUGGCCGCGAGGUUGAUGUCGCGGAAUUUGAGGCCGCUAUUUUUGCCGUAUGGAGAGCUAUGGCGCCGCGGACGCAAAGUGAUGCACAACAUGACGAUGCACGCGUCGGCCACGUCUUACCAACCGGUGCAGAUCUACGAGUCGGAGCGGCUGCUGUACGACCUGCUGCGGACGCCCGAAAAGUACGAACAGCUGUUUGAGAGAUACGCGGCGGCGGUGGUGAUGCGGCUAUGCUACGGCAAGACGGUCGACACGGGCGACGAGGAGUACGUGCGCGACAUCCUCCAGAUCGUGCACACGGUCGAGCGGGUCGCCUCGCCGGGGGCAUACCUGGUCGACACGUUUCCCGUCCUGAUGUACCUGCCGACGUGGCUGGCGCCGUUCAAGCGCGAAGCGGCUCGCUUGCACGAGUUCGAGAUCAAGACGUUCCGCGGCCUGCUGCUGGAAGUGCGGGAGCAGAUGAAGGCCGACAAAGGUCCGCGGUGCUUCUCCCGCACGUUCCUCGAGAGGCAGGCCGAGUUCGGCCUCUCGGACGACGAGGGCGCCUAUGUCAUCGGCACGCUGUUCGAGGCCGGCGCAGGAACCACCGCCGCGGCCAUGAUGUCGUUUGUGCUCUGCAUGUGCCACCACCCGGAGUGGCAGACCAAGAUGCAGCACGAGGUUGACCAAGUGGUCGGCGACCGCCGCUGCCCGGACUACAGCGACAUCCCCUCGCUGCCGACUUGUCGGGCUGUGAUCAAGGAGGUGCUCCGCUGGCGGCCCGUGACGGCUGGAGGAGUGCCGCACGAGCUGGUCAAGGACGACGUGUACAAUGGAUAUUUCCUGCCGGCGGGGACCAACGUGCAUGCGAACCAGUGGGCCAUCCACCGCGACCCGGAACUCUACCCGUCCCCCGAAUCCUUCAAUCCCGCACGGUGGCUCGACGCUUCGUUCCCGACGUUCCGCGAACCCCUGUCCAAAUUCCCCAACCUGCAAAACUACUCGUGCUUCGGCUUCGGCCGCCGCAUCUGCCCCGGCAUGAACAUCGCCGAGAACUCGCUGCAUCUGCUGGUCGCGCGCAUCGCCUGGGCCGCGCACAUUUCGAAACGUCCCGACGUCGACGUGCCGCUGUACGACUACACGGCCGGGUUCAACGUGCAGCCCCGGCCGUUUGUGUUUGACCUCAAGCCGAGAAGCGGGGAGAGGAUGGCGAUCGUAGACAAGGUCUGGGAGGAGGGGAGGCGGAGGGAUCCGUUGGACGAGGUGCAUACGUUGUGA